CGUCGGAGGGUUUCUCGCAGAGUGGCUGACAAAGUUGGUAAACAGCAUAUAUUACGAUGCUCACCCGGUCGUGUCUUCUAGUUUUGAGCACUGUGUUUGCCCGGAAGCGGUGAGACUGCGUCAGCAGGCAGCCCUAACAUCCUGUCUGGAGGCGACGUUCUGGUUGAUCAACCAAAUGGCAAGUGUCUGCUCCACGGCGCCCGGAUAGCAUCUGCGUUUCCACAUGCAGCGCACUAAAAGGGGCCGAACCGCAACACUCAUUGUGCACAUUUUGUGCCAGGUCAAGAAUUCUAAGAGGAUUCUCCCACAUAAGCAUGCUCUCUCUUGGGGGACGAGCUUGUUGAUUAAGUGAGGAAGUUAAUUACAUGAUUUAGUUCAUCAAAGAGGUUAUUGGCACUUAUCUCAGUUUAGCAUGUCUACCACUGCCAUUGAUAAUUAAUGAGCAGAAAGUGUCACUUUGCCUUUUUGUCUUUUGUAAUCUUCAUUUACAGACGUGUCCUGCACGAACACUGAUUGCUAAAUACAUAGGCCCGUUUAUAACUCCGUUUGAAUUCACAGCAGUGGCGGACAUCAGUACGCCACUGCUAUGGAUUCGGACAGGGCUAUGAAUGGGGCGGUGGGUGCAAUCAUUGUUUGUGCAAGACUCGUCUCGGUCAUAGAAAAUUGUCUUCAGUCAUUGAGAAGAUCACUGAAACACUCAGCAGACGUGACCGAUGCCGACGACCAAUGUUCCCUGCGGAGCAUUGCCGAUCGCUUCGAUUGUCACCCGGAGCAGAACGCCACUGAAAAGGCGUGCCGCGCCAGGGGUUGCUGCUGGAGGAGCGGCGCAGUGGAGGGAUCCGACGUUCCGCUCUGCUUCUUCCCAAAGGACUACAUCGGCUACCGAGUGGUAGGCAUCGCCUCGCACGACGAAGGCGUCCGUCUCAAGUUGUCCCGGCAGACGCCCUCGGGCAUCGACGACGACGUGCAAGCGGUUGACGUGAGCGUCGGCUACUACGAUCGGGACACAGUCAGAAUAACGAUUGUUGAUACAACGCGGGAACGCUUCGUUCCCCCUUUGCCAGAGAUACCCCAAAAGACAUUCAAAGGUAGACGGGACUACAUCGUCAACGCUUCAGACUGUGGAGUACUCAGUGUUCACCGCUUGGACGAGCACAACACAACCUUGUUCAGUGCAAACCUAUCGCGGCUUGUGUUCACCGACUACUUCCUGCAGCUGUCGACGUUGAUGCCCACUGAUCUCGUUUACGGCCUCGGAGAGCAGUGGACAUCCCUGCGACGCAGUGUUGACUGGAGGCGUUACUACCUGUUCACCCGAGACGGCUGGCCCAGGCCCAAUGUCAACCUUUAUGGAGCGCAUCCCCUCUACGUGGCUCUGGAACACAGUGGAUACAGCCACGGCAUAUACCUUCACAACAGCAAUUUUAUCGAGAUCCUGCUGCAGCCGACGCCAGCGGCCACAUUUCGCACCCUGGGUGGCAUGCUUGACUUCUUCGUUUUCACGGGCCCCAGUCCGGGACAUGUGGUGCAGCAGUACCAGCGUGUGGUGGGCUUCCCCGCCAUGCCUCCGUACUGGGCCCUCGGCUUUCACCUCUGCCGUUACGGUUACGGCACACUCAACAGGACCCGCGAAAUCAUGGAGAAAAACAUCCAAGCCGGCAUUCCUCUGGACAUACAGUGGAGCGACAUAGACUACAUGGACAGUCUGAACGAUUUCACCUACGACAAGGAUAGGUACGCUGAUCUUCCAGACUUCGUUGCGAAAAUCCACGAGGGAGGGCGUCACUACGUCAUGAUAUUCGACCCAGGAGUGAGCGGAAGCGAAAUGCCCGGCACCUAUCCGCCACUUGAUGAAGGACUUCAGAUGGACGUUUUCGUGAAAAAUGUGACAGGUGGAAUCGUGUACGCCAAGGUGUGGAACAAGGUGAGCACCGUGUUCCCUGACUUCACGCAUCCCAAUUCGACUCGUUACUGGACGAGGCAGUUCCGAAGAUUUCACGACGCGGUACCUUUCGACGGAGCCUGGAUAGACAUGAACGAGCCGUCGAACCGGUACGACGGCCACAAGGACGGAUGCCCACGCGACCAGAGAGUGGAGCGUCCGCCUUACGUUCCGGGCCACGAUCCCCUCUCCAUUCACACGUUGUGUAUGAGCGACCAGCACUACGUGUCUUCGCACUACAACGUGCACAGCGUCUACUCGCAGCUGGAAGCUAGGGCCACUCACCGGGCAUUGGUAGAGAUCCGCCAGAAGCGUCCCUUCAUUAUUUCGCGGUCCACCUCUCCGGGUCAAGGUGCCUGGUCCGGUCAUUGGUCGGGAGACAUACAGUCCAGCUGGGAAGAUCUGAGGCUCAGCAUACCCAAUGUUCUCAGUUUCGGCAUGUACGGCAUACCUCUGUCCGGUGCGGACAUAUGCGGUUUUCAGGGCAACACCACCGUGGAAUUGUGUGCCCGUUGGCAAGUUGUGGGAGCGUUCUAUCCGUUUGCAAGAAAUCACAACUCCCUUUCCAGCAAGGUAUUCACCGCUUGCAAUAACGAAUUAAGGAGUCAAAGAGUUCAAGACCAAGACCCGUACAGUAUGGGACCUGAGGUAGCGCGAGCCACCAGGAUUGCCCUGACUGUCCGCUACGCUAUGCUGCCAUACCUGUACACACUUUUCUAUAGGAGCCACGUCUACGGAGAGACUGUAGCCAGGGCACUUUUCUUCGAGUUUCCAGAAGACCCCCGCACCUACGACAUCGAAGAACAGUUUAUGUGGGGAUCGGCAUUGCUCAUAUCACCAGCUCUCCACAAGGCGCAAACGGAGGUGAAGGCCUACGUUCCGCGGGGCACGUGGUACGACUUGUACGACGGUCGACGUUUCGAGCAACCCUCGGGCGGCUACCACUAUUUCUCGGCGCCUAUGGACAAGGUGAACAUCCUGGUGCGCGGAGGUCACCUCGUGCCGAUGCAAGAGCCGUCUGUUACCACCACAAUGAGCCGCAAGAAUCCGAUAUGGCUCUUUGUGGCGCCAGAUGACCAGAAGAAGGCCCAAGGCGCCAUGUACUGGGACGACGGAGAAUCUCUCGAUGCCGUGCAGAAGCAAGCGUACAGCAUGUACAACUUUACCCUGGCGAAGAACCUGUUGACCGUAAACCACGUGGACAGAGGCUGUACUGAUAAGCUGACGUUUGGCGGAGCCAUCGUGACCGGCGUAGAAGAGCAACCUCGCUCGGUCAGAAUUGUUGGAGGACGUCCUCUCAGAUUUUAUUAUUCACACAUUGAUCAGAUGCUGAGAAUUUUCGACAUCGCCCAGCCCAUGGACGAAGACUUCAGCAUUACGUGGUCCAAGACAUCUUAAUAACGAUAAAUACGCAUUAUUGCACCCAUGCAUUUGUCUUGUAUGUAUGCUGUCUGCCUAAAUGAAUAAAGCAUACAGAAUA